AUGACCAGAAACAAUCGCCCACGGAACUCCGGUUACCGACUCGUGUUUAGACAGCGGUCUGAAUAUCCAGAGCACCCCGUUCGCGUGGCUAUCAACCCCGAGCGGAUGGGCGGUCUCAUGCGGUUCGUUAAACGCUAUUGUGACCCCGUUGCCAAGUUCGUGGAGGUGAGGAAUGGCCGUCGCACAACGGUCGUGGUCGUCACCGCAGAAUCCGUCGCGGAGAGGAGAUCUGCGCUGCCUGCGGUGAUGACCUGUGGUUUGUAUGUCGUUGCGGGAGCGCUGAAUGUCGCCACCGCGAUAUCCAAGGCUGUUGUUAUCCGUGACACUACGAAGGGAAGUCGAAACGCUGUCGUGAUGUGCGGAACAAGCUAG